GUUUUGGUGGCGGCCUUGUGUUAAAAGGAACAUUAUGGCUCAGUCUGACUGCACAGAUGAAAACAGCCACUGUUGGAGCAGCAGCAGCAUUUUGGCUAAUCUUCACUCCUACUUUGGAGAAAAUCAUCCAGUGAAUAAUUUGAUUUCAAAAAUACAAACCAUGAAGACGAGUGAUCUGUUUCCUCUGGAGCCCAGCAGUGAGCAGCAGGAGGCUGGAGGCCUGGUGGAGGUGGAGGAGUCCAUGGAGGAGCCUGAGGAGAGCAGUUCUUCCAUAGACAUAUCUUCAGCUCUCAAGUCGGCAGCUUUAACUUUCUUAAGCUUCUCUGUACCGAGUCUUGAGGAGGACGGUCCACCUUUGUCUCCGUCAGAUGAUCAGAAUAAAAGUACACCGGGGGCAGAAGAUCCAGCGGAGGAGGAACAGCAGAGUGUAUCAUUCCAGUCAAAGUUCAUUAACUUCUUCCCCCUGUACCAGGACUACUCUCUGCAGGCGGUGACGGAGGACAUCCACAGACUGAGCAGCAGUUUUGUAUCUGAACUAAUAAACCCCCAGUAUCUGCAGGGUCUGCAGACCCGUCUUAUCGGUCAGUGUGGCUUCGGAGCUGCAUCCAAUCAGCUGAACUCUCCUGAAGCGGCUCCGCCCCCUCCUCCCCCCCGGCCCCGCUCCACCAGGGUGACUCCAUGCACCCUCUGGCAGGACCAGGAGGAGGUGAAGGCGUCUGGUCUGCUCAGCAGCCUGACAACCAGAGAUAUUCUCCUUCAGGAGACGACAUUUGAGCUGAUCGGCUCUGAAGCGUCCUACUUAAGGAGCCUUGGAGUCGCUGUCAAUCACUUCUACGCUUCCAAGGAACUGAAACAGACUCUGAAUCAGACGGAGCAUCACAUCUUGUUCUCCAACAUCCGACGUGUGAUGGCAGCCAGCGAGAAGUUUCUGAUGGAUCUGCAGGUCCGGUGGGGGGAGAGUGUGUUCCUCUCUCAGGUUGGAGACGUGGUGCUGCAGCAUUGUCCUGAGUUCCACCGUCUCUACGUGCCGUAUGUCACCAACAUGAUGUACCAGGAGACGCUGGUCAACCAGCUGCUGCAGCAGAACAGAGAGUUUCAAUGUUCAGUCAAGAAGCUUGAGAACGAUCCAGUGUGUCAGAGACAGAGCCUCAAGUCUUUCCUCGUCCUUCCCUUCCAGAGGAUCACUCGUAUCAAACUCAUCCUGGAGAGCAUUCUGAAGCUGACUGACCCGGGCUCUGGCUCAGUUGCAAUUCUCAAAAAAGCGAUAGAAGCCACGCAUGAGGUAAUACUGUUCACCAUGCAAGAGUUCAGAUCUGUGCAUUCAUGCUGA